UCCUUUUUCCUUUUUUUUUUUUUUAAAGCCCAGCUCUCCUGGAGAUCACUUUAGGUGGGAGUUUUCCUCUGAAGACCGAGGCAGUUCCAGAGCAAUAUCAGGAAGUGUCUUAUUCCGUGUCUUCUCCCUUGAGAAUUGAAACCUGCAGAUGAAGCCAUCCAGGUUCUGUCCAUUCUGGAUGGUAGGUUGUAUUUCAGAAGAAACAGAUCUCAUUAGCUUUACAAAGGUAAUGAUUCCAAAGACUACCAUAUAAUUGCCACUGGCUAAGCAAGAAGGCUCACGUGGGCAUUACUACAGUUCUGGAAGGGUGCAAGAACCAUCCUGCAGGCUGGUCCAUCUGUCAAAAUAUCUGGACACCCUGUUCCAAUAACAACUAAGGACUGAUUUGCACAUAGGGAACAAGGGCAACAGCCACAGCACCUGAAACACCACAGAAAGAAACUGGGGAAGAAGGAAAGCGGUGUCACCAUGGAGAAGGACAGCAUGACCCUAGCUGAUCAACAAUAUGAAUGUGUAGCUGAGAUUGGUGAAGGAGCCUAUGGGAAGGUGUUCAAGGCCCGGGACCUGAAGAAUGGUGGACGUUUUGUAGCACUGAAGAGAGUGCGGGUGCAGACAAGCGAAGAGGGGAUGCCACUUUCCACCAUACGUGAGGUGGCUGUAUUGAAGCAUCUGGAAACAUUUGAGCAUCCCAACGUGGUCAGAUUGUUCGAUGUAUGCACAGCAUCCCGAACAGACCGAGAGACGAAACUAACACUGGUGUUUGAACAUGUUGAUCAAGACUUGACCACUUAUUUGAAUAAAGUUCCAGAGCCUGGUGUGCCUAGCGAAACUAUAAAGGACAUGAUGUUUCAACUCCUACGAGGGCUUGAUUUUCUGCAUUCGCACAGAGUGGUCCACCGUGAUCUGAAACCGCAAAACAUUCUAGUCACCAGCAACGGGCAGAUAAAAUUAGCCGACUUUGGCCUUGCAAGGAUCUACAGUUUUCAAAUGGCUCUUACAUCUGUGGUUGUCACUCUAUGGUACAGAGCUCCUGAAGUUUUGCUUCAAUCCAGUUAUGCAACGCCAGUCGAUCUUUGGAGCGUUGGCUGCAUAUUUGCAGAAAUGUUCCGUCGAAAGGCACUUUUUCGUGGAAACUCGGAUGUUGAUCAGCUAGGAAAAAUCUUUGAUGCAAUUGGGCUUCCCAAAGAAGAGGACUGGCCCAGUGACGUUGCCCUCCCAAGGAAUGCUUUUCCUGCUAGAGAUCCGCAGCCCAUUGAGCUUUUCGUAACGGAUAUCGAUGAACUAGGCAAAGACUUGCUGCUUAAAUGCUUGGCAUUCAACCCCACAAAGAGAAUAUCAGCUUACGAUGCCUUAUCUCACCCUUAUUUUCAUGAUCUGGAGAAAUGCAAGGAGAAUACAGACUCUGAUUUGUCAUCCCUUCAAAACUCCACUGAGAUGACUACACCAUAAGGCUGCUUGAGGUCCGACUUACAGAUGAACAAAAUGUAGAUGAUAAGGUCACCGUUGAGGGUAAAAAAACCAUAGCUGUCUGACUGAAGGUUAUUCCCCAGAGGCUCUAUGUGUUGUCUGAGUGCUUCUUUGGGAUGAUGACCUGCUUCUCCUCGGAAAAUGACCAAGUUGCCUUCAUCAAAGCAAAUGCAAGAGUCAAGGUUUCCAAUGACUCCCUCUGUGGCUUGAUGUUUGUUUAGUUGACCUGAGGAUCACCAGGUGAAGAGAAGCUGCUGACCAGUUUUUGCUGCCAUUUUCUUCUUCCUUACAUUGAAUGGUGCCGUCGUGGAUUAGAGAAAUCCAGUCUCACUACCAAAACCUGACUUAACCUCGGUGUCUAGGUGCUGAAGUCUGAUUCGGUACUCCUUUGGAGUUAACGGUGAUAGUCUGUUUGCUUUGCUUAAAAAAAUGAUUUCAGAAAAUUACUUCCUUAAAUGCAAUAUUUAAAAGAAUGACAUUGAAAAUACUGAACCUCUAUACAGCCUGCAGUUAAGAGAAAUGUGUACAAACACAUCUGGCUAUUGUAAUCACACAGGAAUGUCCUUCCCUGAUAGGAAACAUGAGAUGAUAAUUACAGCAUUUUGUUGCUACUCAUAAUAACUUGUGUCUCUAGCUUAAUGCACAAGGGUAUUAUUAACAAGAUUGUGCACAUAUGGAAAAGGGAAAAGGUGGAGUUACUUUUAAAAAAAAAGAAUGUAAGGAUCACUUCUCUAGUCUGCUGAUGUUAUUAUGUCAGUCAUCGCAAAGUGUAACCUCUUUAUUCAUCCUUUCAUGAUACUGCUGUACAUCUUCAGCAGUGAUACAUUUCCGACAUCUAUCAUGCCCAGUUAACGUGUUUAAAUGGGUAUACAAAAAACCAAGUGUUCCUUUAGUAUUACCUCCAUAUUAUUUUCAGUGAACAAUGAAAAGCACGUGCUGAAAUGUUUUCCCUGUCUUCGGAGAACAAAUCUGACUUCACAAUCCUAUUGUCACUUACCUGGAAGUAAGAUUCAUUGAACUCAGUGGGACUUACUUUUGAACUGACAGGUAUAGGGUUAUAGUGCAAGGAUGCAAUCCUGUGUGCUUUUUCCUGGGAGUAAGCUACAUUGAGCACAAUGGGACUGACUUCCGAGGAAGCAUGCAUAGGAUUGUGUUGUUAGGAGGCAAGUGCUCGCUACAGCAUUGCUUAACAUACAAACACUGAACGCCUUACCCACAAUAAACCUCAGGCACUGGAGUGCACGAAUUGUCCCUGCAUAUCAACCUCAGAUCCUUUACAUUUCAUGUAAUUUAGGAUAUUUUAUUUUUCUACACCGUGAAGCAGGAGGAGCCCUUCUGAAUCACCGUUUAGAUUGAUCGCUUUGCUAUGCUUUCUCUGCCAAACAUGCCAGCCAGCUUUAUUCAGUAAUUCACCUAGCUGCCUUAUCACAAAUACUUUAAAUGUUACAUUAAAUUUUGUAUAUAUUUUAGUUUUAAGGGUUUUUGUUUUUUUUAAAAAAAAUAGAAUUUUAAAAAGAAAAUUUAUUUUUGUAGUAUGGUUUUGAUGAAAUAUUUUUAAUCCACGAGAGAAAGAUGUACUCCUAGCCUGGUUCUACUGUAGUGAUCCAGAUGUAACUCUAGGGAAAUACUGCCCAAAUGUGUUACAGCUGUAACAACAGCAACAACCAGAGGGAUAGGUGCUGUUGGAAAUAACUGAUGGCUAGUACUGUUAACACAUACAAUAAUUAUUGCUGUGCUAACCCAUCCUUUUGUUUUUGUUUUUGUCGUUUCAAUUUACUGGGGGCCGAAAUCUAUGGGACAAUUGAGUAGUUCUGUCCUUGGGUGCAGUUUUCUCUCAGGGGACAGGCUGAGACCCCUCCAGCAUGGGGACAGGUGGCUUUAACCCUUUGCAUUACCAAACAGGAUUGGGGCUCUCCCCACAAAAAAAUCUGUUUAAAUGGGACCUUUCUUUGCAAUGCAAAUUACAAGUGCAGGGAAGCCCAAUCCAGAUCAGAAUGAGAGCACAUAGGGUUAAAGCCCACUAGCCCCAUGCUUGGUUGCCAAUCAGAAUAGGGAGGCCAGCACUGGAAAUGAGGACCUAUACUCAAGGGCAGAACUAUGCUGGUAAGGUCACUUGUAAUUUGGCCCUGAACUGUAUCAGCCACUCUCUUCUGUCCUUGCAUGUUCACUUGUAGGAGAUUCCUCCAACAUUUUCUGGUGCAUUCUCCAUGCAGCAGCAGGGAAAUGGAAGGAUGUUGGUGUGCAAAAAUUCUCCAACACAGUGGACUUUCCCCCCAGGUGCUGCUGCUCAUCCUUUGCCCUAAAGCCUCAACUGAAGUGUAGCGAAAGCUUUCUUUUGGGUGUGCCCUGAGCAUCGCAUGGCACAAAAGGUUUGCGUUAGGUGCAGUGUGUAGCUUCACUUUGCAUGCUUAAUUUUCCUAGUCUUUAAGUAGUGGGCACGUAGAUGCCUAGUCAGAGCAAGGGGAGGGGAUGACCCUUUUCUACCACCCAAAAUCCCAUGGUGUGAUCCUGACUAAAAUUGCCCUCCCUGCUCCCGUUGCUUUUUCGGGCACAAGGGAAGGUGCUAUUGGCACAAACAACAACUGUGUGGUGGGGUUUUGAUUUUACUCAAUAUCACAUUGCAAGAGUAAAGGAGUAAAAAAAAAUCCCCACUGUAGGCCUGAUCACUCCCUGCCCCAUACAGAUGGCAUUCAGAACUAUAAAAAAUUAAGCUCACAGGACCAAACUAUGCUUUCAUAUGCCCCUCUGAUGCAAUUGGCGAAGUGUGAAAUUAUUCUGAGUGCUGCCACUAGGUGGUGCACAUUUCCAGAAUUUUGAAGGAAGCAUCCCUUUUUUAUGUUCCUAUAAGCCAAAGGUCUAUGAUCAAAACACCUUUUACAAAAAUCAAUCAAUGUAUGUAGCCAUGAUUGCCACUAUCUCUAUGAUACUGUUUUUCUUAUCUCUGAAAGAAGAUACAUACAGCCCAAAUUAGCACUUUCCAGGACCUGUAAUUUUUCCAUAAUCGAAGUACACCUGCAUCUGGGAAGGACUAUUGGGGGUGCACUGUAAAAAAAAAAGAAUGCUAUGCUAUGGAAGUUUUCUGCCACUUAACAACACAUCUAAAAGUUAAUUUCCAGAAGCUGAAAUCAUCCAUUUGUCAUAGUAUCCAUAACAGCAUGUCACUAAAACUUAACGUGCUGAUAGUUGAUUUAUGGUAGUCACGGGGCAUAGCGACGUCAUGACUUUAGGUCAUGCCAAGUCCCAACAUCUCACAGUUCAUAGAUGCAAAAGCACCUUGCGUGACCAGUCGCAAACCUCAGUCUCUUUCUAGUCUACCCAAAUUGCUGCCAUGUUUGAGGUGUAACCAAGCUGCCCAAGAGAGGAUUGGGGAGACACCACAGCUCAGAGCACGAUCUUUCCGUAUGGAGAGUCUCUGGUUCAGUCUCUGGCAACUAUGGAGAACACUGCCAGCCAACAUAGAUGGGAGCAGGCUAAAUAGACAAAUAGCCCGACCUGGUAUAAAGCUGUUUCCUGGGUCCCUGAUUAGAGAAGGAACCUUUCCAUACUUCCCAGUGUACCCCCGGUUACUGGCAUAUUAAUCCUGUCAUUCAGCUGCUUAUAUUUUUGUUUGACUAUCCCCUUUAAAAGUGUGUUCCCCACCCCCCGACACCAGGUGCCACAAAAUGUAAGUUAUGGACCUCCGUAAGCUUUAGGAUAUGUAUCUUUGUGCAUAUCUGUUCAUUCAGCACAGGAAUGAAACUAUAAAUGCUUAGGGCACCUCCGCAUAGGAAGCUCUCCUGCCUCCAGUUAAAAUCUUUGGCCCCAAUCCAGAGAGCCCCUCUAGAACGCACAAGGGCUUGGGGUGACCAAUGGGACUCCUUGCUUUUCCCACUUCUGGCAGCAGUGCCUUAUGCUGCACUGGAAGGUUCCCUGGUGUCUGAGGAUCAGUUUUUCAGGCAGUUGUGAUGAGAUGGAAAGGAAUCGGCCCUUGCUGUACACGCCAAGCCCACCAAACACAGCUCUCUGGAUUGGGAUCUAGAGCACCAAACCGGGUGUUCAGGAGGAGUCUUCUGUGGGAAAAGAAAAAUAUUUUGCAGGAUAGGACAUCCCUGUGAACCCAGACCGUUCAAUGAAUUUUGUGGGAUAUUGCAUCAGCUACAUGGUUCUUGCCAUUUGCCAUGCAGGUGGGAUAGGUCAACACACGCUCUGACUACUUAAGCAUGUGCAGUGUGCAAUCCGAGGCAUAAAGCCCUAGGAUAUGUUGUACUGUACACCAACAUCCUCUGCCCCAUUGGAAGGUAAUACCCUGAAGCUCUCAUAUCAUUUAGUUCAGCUGCUUGGGUUAGCAGAAGUCACAGACUGGCCCUUUGCUUUGUUUGGUAUCAUAGAUCAGCCUUGUUUGGAUUGUCCACCUGCAUUUUCAUUUGCCAAAAUCUAUUGUCGUGUUGCCUAAUGUAUUGUGCUCCGUUUCUAUAUUUAUAUGAGAUACUUGUUUUAGAAUAAUGUUUUAUUUGUACAAAGGACAAAUCUCUUGGCUGCUAGAAACAAUGCCUAUUUUAAAAGGUGGAAUAAUUAGAUAUGCUGUGAUAGUUUUCUAGUUAAAAGAUAAUGUCUCCCUGCAAACUUACAAACAUUAUCAGGACUUCUAUAUAGAUACAUACCGGUCAUAAAAUGUACAUUAUGCUUUAAAAGGUCAGGCAUUUUAACUGUGUUUGCUGUGUUAAAUGAAAGUGAAUACAAAAGCAUGCAGUGCUUUUGCGGUGUCUGCUAUGUGAAACCUUUCUAAUUAGUAUCGUUCUGUUUGAACUGAAGUUUGGAUGAGAUUUGCUAGUACAAUAUGUCGAUUAGAAAUUCUCUACCAGUACUUUCUGUCAGAUGUUCUCUCAUAUUCUGCUUUUGGACAGGGUGUUAAUUAGUUCCAUCCCACCCCACUCAAUUUCAUUGACUGGUAUUGGGACAUAAUUUCAGGUAUUCUAUAUCUGUAGAGAUACAAUGUUGAGAGCAGAGCUUUGGAAGGCAGUGGACAUUGUCCACAGUAGGUAUAGCUAGAGAAUGGGUGAGUACCUUAGUCAUAAUAAGAUUUUAGCACAUAACUCUGUGCUUGUGUUGCUCGUUCCCUCUGCAUUCUGCCCAAUGUUGCCAACUUCCCUUGUUCAUAAUAUUGUUCAGCACAUUGCCACAAAUGCUUGCAAAUGUGUGGUUCAGUGAGAAUCAGCAGUUCAGUGAGGUUCAGCAGUUUCCUAGCAUAUAACAUUCCAAACUUUCAUUGUCAGCAAAUGGCUCUUCGCAAAAUGGCUACUUCUGUCCAACCCAUUUUUAUCAAAAUGUAGGGGAAAGACUAUUCUUGGGGUACCCUACGAUUACAGGUCCUUGUCCAAGAAUGCUUAAGUUGCAAAUUCCCAGCAAUGUACCUUUUUGCUAUUUUUAUUCAUUUGCUCUGAACCAGUGGUGUUCAGACAAUUGCAAAGGUCCUUUUAUGAAUCAAUGAGAACUGCUGGCUUUUUCAUGACUUCAGGAGAGGUAAAUCCUCACACUUUUUUGAGAUUUUGCUCUGUAGUGGUCACUUGCUAUUCCUGCUACUGAAUUUGGUCAAGCACUUUCAUCCUAAGCACAACUACAACCCACUGAAACCCCUCCAAGUACUGUGCUUAGGAUCAGGGUGUUUCAAAAAGUGUUCCUCACACUAGCACAAAGCCACGCCUCUUAGUAUUUAUAUUGUGAACAACAUAAUGUAGAAAAGUGCAUGGAGGUCGUGCAGGGAAAUUAUAUAACCUGUUUAUGCAAAAACAGUAUUGUGCAUGUCCUGUUAGUACUGAGCUAUGCGUAGCCAAGCAUGUGGGCAAAUGAAAGCAGAAGUCCCAUCAUGACCGAGGCUAGAGUUGUGAUGGUGCACUGGGGCAAAUCCCAUAGGAGGGCCUAGGCAGAAUGUAGAAAGCAAGAGCCAUAGAAAUGUAGCACAGCAGAGGUAUAGCUGAGCAUAGUUUGGGGUAACAGUUCACCUGAAGAAGACUGGGCAAGAUUGGGUAGGAGCAACAAGUAAAAAGAAAGGCAGGCAGAUGAGGAAGCUAGAAGACUGGCAGGCAGAGAGACCCAAGAAUAGUGACACAAAUUGCCUUAGGAGGAGAGCUACAAAGCCACAUAGCAGAGCCAGAAUUUGGUUGUUGUCAAAUCAAAGAGAGCCCUGACCAGGAAGCAACUGAAAGCAAUGAGGGUCAGGAGGAACUGAUGGGCUGCCUGCAAGGACCCAUGCUGGAACCUUGGAAGAGAAAAAUUGACUCACCACAAGAGCAAGGAAAGGAGGGUCGCCAGCAUGGACAGCUGCCUUAUUCUGAGUCAGACCAUUGGUGCAUCCAGCUCUGUAUUGCCUACACUGACUGAGCAGUGCCUUUAUGCAUUUCAGACAAUGGUCUGUUCCAGCCAUCCUUGGGAGACGCUGGAGAUUGGAACAAAGCAGACUCUCCACCACUGAGCUAUAGCUUUUCCCCAAGUACAAUAAUGAGAAACACACAAGGUAUUGUGCAGACAAGCUGCAUUUAUUACUUAAUCACUUGUUCCCAAUGCAUUUGGGUUGCUUUUCCUCGAGGGGAUUUAUCCAGCAGUUAGCUCGAUACAUAUGGCACCUCUUGCAUGCAGUGGGGUGCUAUUGUCUCCAAACAUGAUUUCUAUCACUUCCAAUGGGUCGCCACAAGGGGCACCAGUGCACACUUUGGGAAAUUAGUUCAGUUAAUUCUUGACAAUUAGCAGAAGAGGUAAAGUAGGAGUGAGGGGAGCCAUGCAUGUCCAAGCAAGCAUACAAGAACUCCCGGAUUGUGGUCAUUGACCUAGAUGUAAAUAUAACUUUGGAGGAACUCAUUUAAAAAAACUUAAAAGUAGCCAUGUAAGCAAAAACCUUGGGUAAACCUUCAUUAGGGUAGAGCAGGAUUUUAGUAAGUUUUGAAAGCUAACGAUUAACGGAUGCUAAGGCUAUGGGAAAUUGUGGUGCUAAGGGGGAAAAAACUGUAUUUCUGUACUGCAUGCAGAAGGUCCCAAAUUCAGUCUUGGGUAUCUUCAUUUGAAAGAAUCGUAGGUGGUUGAAGAAGGAAAGAGUCUGCCUAAGAACCUGCAGAGCAGCUGUAUUUCUAAGGCAAUAAAUGCAAAAACCAUAUGACUGAAUCCAUGGGCACGACUUGUUCAAACUAUUUUUUUAUAUAAGCUCUGGAUCUAGUAACAAAAGUAAUUCCAUAGCAAUUUACCUUUCUUGCAUUUUGUGACAUGAUAACUUUAAAAGUAUUUCACAACAUGGAAUCAAAACCCAUGGACACUUCCAUCUUAAUACAAUUUGUGUGUUGGAACUUUCAUACAGAGGGGUUCGUUUUUCCUCGCUGUAAAAGCAUAAUGGCAUCCUAGAUCAAGGCUGCAGUUCUAACCCUCCCUCACCUGGGAGUAAGCAUGAUUAGGCUCACCUGUAGGUUAUGUUUUUAAACCUACUUGCACUGUGUCUAGCACAAUGUAUAAGUUAAUGGAAGGUACCAAUGAAUAGUCUUGACUGGUGCUGUUCAGCAUUUCAAGCGUUUUCAUAAGGCACUUUAGAAUGAGCUUGUCCAAAGCCAUUUCAGGUCAAACCUGAAACACAUAAGGUGUUCAGUUCUCUCAUUAACCUGGUUUUUGCAUUUGCAGGAGGAAAUCCUGUUUCCCCUGGAGCGAGGGAAAGGAACCUGUCACCCUCCAGAUGUUGCUUUCCUAACUAUUGGCCAUGCUGGCUGGGACUGAUUGGAGUUCAAGUGCAACAAUAUCUGGAGGGCCACAGCCUCCCACCCCUUCACACCUUGUUCAGAGCCCAGAUGCUAACAGUAUACCCUGGUAGGUUCUGAUAUACAGCAAAAUGAGUAUUGGUGCAGCAGUAGAGGCAACACGUUGCAUGCAGAAGGUCUCAAAUUCAGUCUCGGGUAUCUUCAUUUGAAAGAACCAUAGGUGGUUGAACAAGAAAGAGUCUGCCUAAGAAUCUGCAGAGCAGCUGCCUCCCAGAGUAGACCAUCCUGGGCUAGAUGGACUAAUGGUCUGAAGCAGAAUAAGGCACCUUUGUAAGUUCCUAACAAAUUGUUCUACUGGCUAAAAAGGAAAGCACUUAAAGCCCUGUCUAAGCCUUGGAGGGCCACUUGGACGGUGGAGUCAGCAGCAGAGAGGCCAGGGCCCUGACUCGCCACCCUGCAAAGUGGCCUCCUUACAAAUCCUGUUGCCACUGACUGGUAAUCACAUAGUACCAUUCAGGAGGGCUGAAUUUAUAUGGCGGGGGGCUUGCAUUUUUAAAUAAUAAUGAUUUAUCCCAUGCUCUUUAGAUCUACUAGGACAGGGGUUGCUCUCCAGAUGUUGUCAGGCUCCAACUUGCAUUUGUCCAGCAACAUGUGGAAUGUCACAGUUUUCCCACUUUUUAUUCUUCUGAUCCAGUACUGCUUUUUAUUUUUGAAUGAUGUGUUCACCUUAGCAAGAUCAAAUACCAUCUGAGGUCCCCAUUUUCUCCACAUAUUUGGCGUGGCCUUCCUGAAGAGCCAUCGGUAAUAAUCUGUUCUCCUUGACUCUGCAUCUCAUGCUGUGUCCCUCAGUGCCAUAUUGUAGUGGUCUACCUAUAAUGCCUUCCUCUUCAGCCAUUACACCUUUGCUUUUGCCACAUAUUGAUGACAGAAUAGCGUAUAUGGUGGGGAACACCUGCAUUCCACCUCAGCCGCCUGCUGUUUAGACCCUGUUAUAAUAUCCCCCCUCCUGCUAAAGAGAGUUGUGUGAAAGGCUGUGUGUCUGUGGGUUCACUGUGUAAACACAGAAGGUUGGUGCCUGGGGCAGAAUUUGCCCUGAGAACCUGAGCAUUCAUAUAAUAUUAUAUAUAUAUGUAAAAAUCAUCGCUUCAAAGACCUGUUUUAUAACUUGAAAUCCAGAAUGUGGGGAAUAUGGUGCAUUCUCUGAGAAUCAGAACACGUUUUCAUUUGUACAUGUGCCAUUGAGUAGUUUUUAUUAUUAUUAUUAUUAUUAUUAUUAUUAUUAUUAUAUAGUCAUGUAUUUUUAUUUCCUCACAAGUUAAUAUUCCUUCAGUCCUAGGGCCUGAACAUGCAAAUAUACAAGAGCGGUAUAAUUGGUCGCCUGCAAUUAAGCUAAAUGCUUCAGUUGGUUUCAGCUGUGGUCCCAAGUACAGCUCCAUCGUAAUCGUAAUUCUAUGCAAUAGCCUUAAUCCAAUGGUUCUAAUGGAAGUCUAGAACUUCAUGGUCAUGGAAUUUCACAUCUAAGCACAAGGAGAUCACUCUGUACACGACAAGAAUCUCCUGUCCAUGCCUGGAUCCCUUCAUGGAAGAGAACGGGAAGGUUCUGCACACGCCGGUCUUUAGAUUAUGGACUGUGUCCCCUGGUUCUAAACUCUGGGUGCUCAGAUGUGUAAGCAGAGCUCCCAUGUAAAUGGAUCUCCCCAUUCACUUGAAUAGAUGGGAGCAGCACUGGGCUAUCCUAUUAAGGCAAACUGAUAAGAGUCUGUGUGCAUGUAGAGUUCCCAUGCUUCAGUUAGACUAAUGGAGUGAUCCUAAAACUUACCCAAAUAAAUGUUGUCGAUUGAGCAUCCCAAGUACCAUGAUACAAAAUGCAGCUGUAUCCAUUUUUGGCAGACAGAUAUGCCAAUGCAAAUAUUGGUGACGGGGCUACAAAUCAUCCUACUAAAGUCAAUUCCUCUGGCUCAGCUGGCUUGGGCUGUUACAGGAAUAGAAUAAAAUCUCAAUCCUCAACCCAUUUAUCCCUGAGUAGUUUCAUUUACAUUUCUUGAAGUCAACUGACUUUUCUACAGGAUCAUUGCAGUGCAAGUCAUUUCAAGACGAGUUUCAGGGUCUCGACCCUAAGCAUAGUUGCUCUUCAACAUCUUCCAUUGAAACCAAUGAGAUUUACUUGGGAAUAAGUGUGUUUACAAUUGCAAGGGAGUAUUUGCAGUCUCAGGUUCCUGGUUCGUAACUGACUGAUGCAGUGAGGACACAUGGUUAGUAACAGCACUUGGACCCAAUUGUUGGGGUCAACAUUUGUUGAAAAGAUGGACAUUUAUAUCCAAGUUAUUUUAUCUGCAAUGUAAAUGAUUGCUAUUUUAAUUGAUGUGUGCUUUUCUUUACUAAAACGGAUACUACUAUUGGCUUCUCAGAGUUAAAAACAAGUGUAGUAUAUUACUAGCCUUUUUAGGGAACGUGUCAGUAGCUGCAAGUGUAGAAGGUCUGUGCUUUUACAAUAUAGGUUGCCUUAAAAUGUUUUAGAUAUGCAAGCUGCUAAUCUGAUUGUAGGGACUAAAUGUUAGACAGGAUAUAAAGUACAUAAUCUGAGUGAGCCGCAUAGUAUAAUAUUUGCAUUUUGCAACUGAAGAGAGAAAGCUUAUUGGACGUAGUAUUUUUUAGGUCUCAUUUGUUUGUUUUGGUUUUUUUUAAUGUAUGUAAACUUGAAAGUUUUGGUAAAGCGAAAUAUACAUGUAGAACAGUAGAGUGGAAGAGGAUCGUGCUGGAAAUUAAAAUUAGAAGAAAAGAGCUUGAUUUAUUUUCUGUGUUUUGGUUUGACAUUGUCACUAGAAACUAGUCAGUGACGGAUACCUAAAGCCGUUUCACUGAUUUCUUGUCAUUAGAGUAAGCCUUAGGUAUCAUUGUACAUGAAGGUUUUUGUAACAGAAGGAGAGAGGGCCGUUGUGCUUGGAUCCUGUUUACAGGCUUCCCACAGGCACCUGUGGGAAAAGGAUGCUGGACUAAAUGGGCCACUGGCCUGAUCCACCAGGCUCUUGUUAUGUUCUCUUCACUAUGACUUACAAAGUAUUCUGUGUUUAUUGAUAGGAUUGCCAGCUUACCACAAAAGCUUUGACUAGCCUGCUCCCGUUUCUUUAUUAGUGGCAUGAUUUGCUGAAAUCAGCAAAUGACCCCUUUCUCAGCACUGAGAUGAACAUUAUCACUGGCUAAUGCUUGUAGAUCAAGCCGCUGGUUAAAAUGCUGGCAACCUAAUUGCUGAACCAUAAAUGAAAGCCACAGAGCUAGAAGUAAAUAUUGGCAUCUGGAUAUAAAAGUCUGUAUUUCAAAAGUACCAUUUUCAUGGUUUAGGCUUAGUUGCAAGAGUUCAUGCCUACCAAAAUACUGAUUCAUUAUGUGUAUCCUUGUAUAGGCGAAUGGUUGGGGGAACAUAUUAUGGUGAGAUUUGCUGUUAAAUGGUUUUAUUUUUCUUUUCGUGAUAUUCUUUACCAAGAUACUAAUCAUUGUAAAUUAAGGGGGGGUGUUAAACUAGCAAGUGUCAAAUUGGGAGUUUUUGGGUCAUUCUCAAACAAAUAUUAAGUGUACUUUGAACUUGAUGCCCUGAAUAAUUUCCUGUAACUCUGCAAUGCAGCAGGGACUCAUCAUAUUCUGAGAGACAUCUUUUUGUAAGGGAUGCUGUUUUAAAAUCUGAAAUACCUGUGAAUUUAUAAAAGCCUUGGUGUACAAUGUUAUGGUGUUUAAAAAAAAACAGAUUAACAUCA